AUGGAUCAGUGGAAAGAAAGGAUGCAGGGUGCAACCGAAGCAGCAAUCAUGUUGGGUGCCUCACACACAAUCCCCAAACCCACUUCGACCCGGGGUCAGGGCGGCUGCGGAGGCGCUGUGGUUCUUUCUCCCUCCGCAAGCCAACCUGUAAGUUCUUGCUGCUAUGCAAAGGACAAGAGGUUCGAUACACCCAGAACCUCGAAAACUCAAUGCCAGGGAGGCUUUAUCCGUGUAGCGCGAUCCCGAAAACCUACACCCUUGGCUCAGAUGUCUAAGGGGGGGGACGCUGUAGAUGAAGUGUUUUUCGAGCAGAGGGCAGCUGGACUGAGGCGGCGCUGGACUGGAAAGGAGCCCCUCAGUGUGUCUCCUCUGUGCGCUGCCUCACUGCCUCUUGCUGUCCCUUCCUCCUCUUUUGAUUUCUCCGAACCUUCAACCCCUCAGACUAUGGCUCGCCUGCAAACAGACCCGAAAACCAGCAGCCAUGCCACCACGCCAACCUGCGUUGCCAGCGUGACAGAAGACUUCACACCCGCUGUCAGUCCUCAAGAGGGAGAAGUAGAAUGCAGUGCGCGGACGAAAAAAGAAGGCUUAGAGGGGGCGCUCAAGCGAGGCCCCCCGACUUGGUUACUUGGCGGUGGGGGAAAAUUCAGGGAAAUUAAGUCCGCAGAAUUUGCAGCUGAAUGUAGCCACGACGGCAGCAGCAGAACCACCAGUGGAGUCGACCCCAUAUUCAACCGUGACGGCGUGACAGUCAGGCGACCCGCAAAACUUGGCAUAAGCUCGGGAGAUCCCGCUUCUCGCCCCUCCUCUGCUCCAUACAGAGCGGCAUACAAACAGUCUACAAGUAACGAACUCACGAGCAGGCUAGCUCCAAAUGAGGGAUGCGCGUUCAUGCCCUGUGCAUGCGGUGUUGCAGGCGCUCGCUUGGCUCCCCGACCUUCCCGCCUUAAUCUGUCGAUACACCGCAGAACAAAUCAGACGGCCUCAUGGGGCUCCUUUGGGGGCUCCUUGAGAGCUUCUGAAUCCAUGCGGCGAGGGCCUUUUGCAACGAAGGAGAGCGACAGUCUGCCCAAGAUCGUGCAGUUUUCGCCCUCCCUCAAGAGAGUUCUUUCGAAAGAGUUGGGGGGCUUAGACGUGGAGGCUUGCUAUCAAUUGGGAGUCUUACUCUUCAGGCAAGGGCAAACGAAAGAGGCAGUGGCAGCCGUCUUGGACUUUAUUGAGAGAAACAGGGAAACAAACGCUACGUCGACGUCGAGUGAAACCAGGAGCCCUACGAAGGGCAAGACGCGCACUUGCGAGGGUUCAACGGGCGAGCAGAGGGGCACCUGCAAGGAGCGUCUGCAGGAGGAGCCGUGUGUGGAAGAGCGAGACGCUGCAGUGGGGGCAGCAGCCGCCUCAACGGGGUCAGACAAAAGGAAAGCUGAUGAAGGGUCCCCCUCAGAGGCGUCUCCUGUCGCCGUCCUGUCAGCAGACACAGCCGUGCCAAGGCCAGCUUCCCCUGCCGCCGAGACUGCGGAGAAGAGCGGUGUGUCGAUUGGUGGGGCAGACACCCCGUCGAAGCAAGCGCACUCCUCCGACAAGGAUGCGGUUCUAGCCGACGUUUCUGAGAAGGCCGUUGUUUCUCCUCGGGGGGAAGGACCGCUCAAGUCUAGCCCAGCAAAUUCCGACGCCUCCUGUGAGAUUCCUGUGCCUGUGCGUGAGGAUAGCCUUCUCAAGGCAGAACCAAGGGGCUCGAGGAGUCUCUCCGGGGGGGCGUCAGUCUGCAGUCUUAGCAAAUUGGCUGGCGUUGUAUUCGGCCGACGAGGCCACAUGGCUCGCCGCGCUGAGGAUCUGAGGGAAGGAUGGGGUGCUCCACGCUUUGUAUCGCUGGAGAAGCUUCUAGGUCACUUGGCAUUCGAGGAUGAACGCUUUGAAGAUGCCAUCAGGAGAUACUGGAGAGCCAUCGAUUUGCAUCCCGGAGAUGCGCAGAUGUUCACCUCUCUGGGAUUAGCGUACUACGAGCUGGAGGAGCUCGAGAACGCCGAGGCAGCGUUUGAACAUUCUUUGAAGUUAGACGAAAAAAACACCACUGCGCUGAGCGUGCUGGCGAUGAUGCUGCUGGAUCGAGUAUCCGCAGAGGAAGAGAACGCUUCUUUUGAAUCUCCUGAUGAACCUCCAGGCUGUCAGCACCUUCCUCCCUAUGCCUGUCUGGCUGCCUGCGCUGCUGCCGACUAG